AUGUCCAGCGUGUGUUGUGCUCGACAGGCACAGUGCAAGAUCACCUUUGCAUCUCAGGUCAUCGCAGAUGUUGCUGCCGAUGGCCUCAUGGUAGAGUUUGCGCAGCGGGAGCCGCAGGAGAAGCGUGGCACGACGCAGACGACCAUCUACCUAGUCCGAACACUCGGCUCGAUCGUUUCCACGGUCAUUGUCGGCAUCGGCAUGAACGGCAAGGAGUACAACGGCACCUUUGACUUCACCCUUCGCUUCAACCAGGUGAUGCUGAUCUUUGCCGUCCCGGCAGGUCUCAUGAUCCCGGUGUCGUGGUUCCUUGUCAAAGACGGAGCCAUCCAGGAGGGCCAGCGCAGGUCCCUCCGCCAGUACAUGCGCCAGGCAUGGGCGCUGAUGACGCACAAGGCGGUGUUUAUCGUGGUGAUGUGGAACUUCUGGGAGGCGGUGAUCGGCCGCAUCAACACAACGGCCUCGGGGCUGGUGAAAAGCGAGUGGGCCGGCGUCAAGAAUUUUCAGAAUCAGAUGUUCAGCUUCGUGUCGCUGCUCGUGUUCUCCUAUGGCCUCCAGAUGGUGAAGAAGCGCUUUCUUCACUGCAGCUGGCGCAAGAUGCUUCUGGGAACAGGCAUCUUCCUGAACGUGAUGGAUGGCACGUUGGCUUUCCUGACCACCUACGACAUCGUGCGCAACCAGUACUUCUACCUGGGCGAGCAGAUCCUUGAUGACAUCCCGGCGGCGGCCAACUUCGUCAUCGGCACCUUCAUCGUCGUUGAGCUGGCAGAUCAGGGUGUGGAGGGCCUCACCUAUGGACUCUUGACCACCGUGUCGAACCUUGGUUCUCCAUUCUCCAGGGCCAUUGGAAACCAGAUUUUCGGGCUCUUCCGCCCAAACCUCUCAGAUUCCGCCAACUACCGGUCAGACACGCCAGAGUUCCGAAAUACGGUGGCCCUCUCGUUCCUGUUAAGCUAUGGCUUCUCCUUCGCCUCCUUCUGCUUGCUCGUUCUCAUUCCAGAUCAGAAGGAGGAAGCUCAGAGGAGGAAAAAGGCGUGGAAGAGCAGAUCAGUGUACGGUGCGAUUACGGUGGUGCUCCUUGCGUUUGCGAUGAGCUACGCGUUAACGGUGCGCUUUCGUCCGAUUGGGGGUUGUCCGAGCUUCAUGACUGGCAAUCAUUAUUUGCAGGUAAAUAUCGGAACAUGGAAGCAGAAGCAUAAAUACAAGCAUAGAUAG